AUGGACAGCACAGUGUUGGAGCUGAGGCAGGUUGUCGCGGUAACCGGAGACGGGACAAACGACGGGCCGGCACUGAAGAAGGCCGACGUGGGCUUUGCCAUGGACUUCAGCUGGUGGCUGUUAAACCAUGCCUCUUCUCUCUGCAGGGUGGCUGUCAUAGUGGCCUUCACUGGGGCCUGCAUCACACAGGAACGUGCAUCACACAGGUACAGCAUCUCCAAGUUCCUCCAGUUCCAGCUGACUGUCAACGUGGUGGCUGUCAUAGUGGCCUUCACUGGGGCCUGCAUCACACAGGACUCUCCUCUGAAAGCAGUCCAGAUGUUAUGGGUUAACCUCAUCAUGGAUACCUUCGCCUCUCUUGCCCUAGCAACAGAACCACCCACAGAGUCCCUGUUGCUACGUAAACCCUACGGCCGCAACAACCCUCUCAUCUCCUUGACGAUGUUGAAGAACAUCCUGGGCCACGGGGUCUACCAGCUCAUCAUUAUCUUUAGUCUCCUGUUUAUAGGAGAGCGUAUCUUCAACAUAGACAGUGGUCGUAAAGCUCCUCUCCACUCCCCUCCGUCAGAACACUACACCAUCAUUUUCAACACCUUCGUCCUCAUGCAGCUCUUUAAUGAGAUCAACGCCAGGAAGAUCCACGGAGAGAGGAACGUCUUCGACGGAAUCUUCUCUAACCCAAUCUUCUGUUCCAUAGUGUUCGGAACCUUAGUUAUCCAGGUGGUGAUCGUCCAGUGGGGAGGCAAGCCGUUCAGCUGUGCUCCUCUCAGCGUGGAACAGUGGCUCUGGUGUCUGUUCGUUGGAGUGGGAGAACUACUCUGGGGACAGGUGAUCGCCACGGUUCCCAGCGACCAAUUACCAUGUCUGAAGGAGGCGGGGGCAGCGAUGGCGGCGGUGGAGGAAGAGGAAGAGAUGGACGAAGGAGACGAAGAGGGAGAGAUUGACUGUGCUGAGAGAGAGCUACGACGAGGACAGAUACUGUGGUGUAGAGGACUAAACCGCAUACAGACACAGUUUGAGGCCACGGAAGGAGAGUUGUAUGGCAUUGAAGCCCGUCUGGAGGUUUGUGAACACAGUGUCCAAAGAAGGGCCAGAAGUAUACAGAAUGGUGUCGUCUGCGUAGAGGUGGAUGAAAGUAUCAUCAGCAGCAAGAGCGACAUCAUUGAUGUAUACAGAGAAGAGAGUCGGCCCGAGUAUUGA